GUGAGGCACCUGCAGGCUCUAUUCUGUCUUCUGUUCCUCGUUUUUGUUGGGUUCUGAGAUGGAUAAGCGCCUCCUGCUGCCGAUGCUAGGCCUUUCCUUGCUGUUGGGCUUCCUGCAAGCUCUACAGUGUCACAGGUGUUAUGUCACCGAGGAAGAUGGGAGUUGCCAGACUGAGAGAACCACCUGUGAAGCUAAGAAUGGCAUGGUGUGCUUUCUGGCAAAGCAUUAUAUAGGUAAGAAGUUCCUGUUUGGAUUCCAGGACUGUCGGCACCUGUGCAAGAACGUCACCAGUCCCCGUAUUGCUUUUCGAAUAUCUAUUUCAUGUUGCAAAAAUGAGAGUUUCUGUAACAAGUUUUAG